UUACAAUUUUAAUAUUUUGCUUUCACUUUCCUCAAGCGAGUUUAUUGUUUACCAAAGUUAAGAUUGUUUUUCAAGUACGACAUAAAACAAUUAAUUUAUUAAUAUUAAUCAAAUGGCAGCCAAAAUGGAUUUUGAUGCGAAACUAGUCGAUUUGGUGUGUGCCAAUCCAUUGCUGUACAAGAAGGAAGUGCGCAGUUCUCCAUACAAUCUCAUGAAAAAGAAGAUUGAGCUUUGGCGCAGCAUAGCUGCCUCUUUGGGUGUUGACACUAAAUACUGUGUUACAAGAUGGAAAAAUUUAAAAGACAAGUAUCGCCGCGAAGUGCAAAAAACAAAAGAACUUACACAUGAAUCAGGCGGUAUUAAGAAUGCUACCGCCGAUACAUGGCAUUUAUUAGAUAAAAUGAGCUUCCUGGAAAAUCAUUUAAGAGCGCACAGCACAAGCACAAAGCAAUCGAAUAGCGCGAAAAGCUCCGCCGAAAAUGUACCCACAAGUUGGUGUGUAAUGGACUCAGAACAACUUAUUGAACAAAUAAUCGACGAAGAUGAUCCUCUACAAGAAGCAAUGGAGGAACAACAAAAUGUAGUUGUCGAAACAGAGAAACCAGAAACUGUUGUAGCAUCAACAACGGCAACAUCUUCUUUUAUGAAACGCAUAGAAACUUUGCUCGAAGGUAUCGACGCAGCUAAUCGCGCAAAGGCGGAAAAGCGUAUUGUGGCGUUUCUAUGUAGAUGUCAACUAAAAUCGUUGGAAAAUCAAAGUAUUGACGAUGUAGCGAUAUGAAUAAGUUACAAAUAGCAAUAAAGCCUCACUAAACACCUGCCUCUACCACAA